GGAUGAACGGCCAUCGUUGCAGCCUGGAAGGGUGAGAGGAAUUUUCCUCUGGAGUGAUCCAUCCUGUCUGCGUGAACUAUCUUUGUUAGUAUCUCAUAAACGGCUGCUUCUGUCCGGAGAGGACGGUGUCCUUGUUAAACUUCAACUAAAGACUUCAGUUUAUGAAUAUAAUCCUCCUUCGUCAUCUUCAUCCUCACCACAGCACCCUCAGAGAGCUGGAGGAGGACUCAGAAAGAGGAGGAGGAGCAGACAGCCAGUAAAAGGAAUGGGGAUGUACCAGCCAGAGCAAUGACGGAGCUUAAGAAGCAGGGGACAUAAACAACAGCAGAGACACUCUGACUCAUUGAGAUGAGCUCUCCUGAUGUAACCAUGGGGCCAGAGGAAGCUGAGGCUCCGGUGGAUGCAGAAACUCUGCUCAUGUACAGGAUAGAGCGCCCGGUCUGUGAUGAAGACUUCUUCAGGACGGAGCUUCACCGAAAGGAGAAGUCCACAAACCUCCGACAGAGGCUGGCACAGCGCUUCAGGUGUUCUUCAGGGAAAGCCAAGGCAGCACUGUUCACUUUCCUGCCGAUUCUGACAUGGCUUCCAUCCUAUCCGGUCAAGGAGUACCUGUUUUCAGAUGUGGUCUCAGGCCUCAGCACAGGAGUGGUGCAGCUCCCACAAGGUCUGGCCUACGCUAUGCUGGCUGCUGUGCCUCCAGUUUAUGGUCUGUACUCCUCCUUUUACCCGGUCCUGCUCUACACCUUCUUCGGCACAUCCAGACACAUAUCCGUGGGCACCUUCGCAGUGAUCAGUUUGAUGAUUGGUGGGGUUGCAGUAAGAGAAGCUCCAGACAACAUGUUUCUCGUCUUUCCUGCAAACGGAUCCAACAUGUCUGCCGUCCUGGAUGUGGAAAAGCGUGACGCAAGACGGGUUCAGGUGGCUGUCGUGCUCACAACGCUGGUGGGAAUCAUCCAGUUUGUCCUAGGUCUUCUCAGGUUUGGGUUUGUUGCAAUCUACCUCACAGAGCCCCUGGUGCGAGGCUUCACUACGGCUGCAGCUGUGCAUGUUGUUGUUUCUCAGUUAAAGUACCUGCUAGGGGUGAAAACACAGCGCUUCAGUGGUCCUCUGGCUGUUAUUUAUAGUGUCAAGGCAGUAUUCUAUGACAUCAAAAGCACCAAUGUCACAACUCUCAUCCUGGGCCUCUCAUGCCUCAUAUUCCUGUAUGGCAUCAAAGACCUGAACGAGCGUUUCAAGAAGAAACUGCCCAUUCCCAUACCGGGAGAGAUCAUCGUGGUCAUGGUGUCGACCGGCGUCUCGUUUGGCCUCUCCUUAUCAAACGACUACAAGGUGGACGUGGUUGGGAAGAUACCAACAGGGCUUCUCCCUCCGGCUGCUCCGAUGUUCUCCUUGUUGCCCAAUCUGAUCACAGACUCCUUUGCUGUAGCAAUCGUGGGAUUCUCAAUGGGCAUCUCACUUGCAAAGAUCUUCGCCCUGAAGCACGGGUACAGCGUGGAUGGCAACCAGGAGCUGAUUGCACUCGGUAUUUGUAACUUCAUCAGCUCUUUCUUCCAAACGUUUGCCAUCACCUGCUCCAUGUCCAGGAGCCUGGUGCAGGAGAGCACAGGUGGAAAAACUCAGAUUGCAGGGCUGCUGGCGUCUCUGGUGGUGUUGCUUGUGGUGGUGGCCAUCGGAUUCGUUUUCCAACCGCUCCCUCAGACUGCGCUGGCUGCCAUCAUCAUGGUGAAUCUGUUGGGGAUGUUCAAACAGUUCAGGGACAUUCCUACUCUGUGGAGGACCAGCAAGAUAGAACUGGCGAUCUGGCUGGUAGCCUUUGUAGCAUCUGUGCUGUUGGGCCUGGAUUACGGCCUCCUGGUAGCCAUCACAUUCGGCAUUCUAACAGUCAUCUACAGGACACAGAGCGCUAAAAGUGCCGUCCUGGGGCAUGUGUCAGGCACAGGCCUGUACUGUGACGUGGACGAGUAUGAAGAGGCGGCUGAAUACGAGGGGAUUAAGAUUUUCCACUCCAACUCUUCAAUCUACUUUGCGAACAGUGACCUUUAUGUGAAUGCUCUCAAGGAAAAGACUGGAGUGACUCCUGAAGACUUACAAGCUGCGCGCAAAGCCCAAAAGAAACUGCAGGAUAAGGUGAACGGGAAUUACAAGUCUCUUCUGAAGAAGUCUGCAAAGCAUAAGGAACCAGGAGAGAACAAUGAGAUUUUGUCCCAGAGCCACUUUGAAGAGGAGCAGAGGAACGGCCAGCUCGGGGACCGACACAGCGAGACGGACAGCGAAGAGGCCGCCGUCCACUUCAUCGUCCUGGACUGGUCGUCUGCCAGCUUCAUCGACUCUGUGGGGGCUAAAGCCAUCAAACAGGUUAUUAAGGAAUACGCAGCUGUGGAUGUUACCGUGGUGAUCGCCGGCUGCAGCAGAAGUCUUCUGUCUGAGCUGGACAGCUUACAGUUUUUCAACGAGACCGUGACCCCUGAGAUGGUGUUCCCCACCGUCCACGAUGCUGUGCUGCGAUGUCAGCACUCAAAGCCCCGCCCAUCAGCUGCUACCAACCAGUGACAUCACCUCCGAGGUCACUGAGGUGGAGGCCAGAUAUUGGACGUCUCUCUGACAACAUCACAGUAGAGAUGAACUGAGCAGUCAUUCAUAUUGAAUAGAGGAGUGUUUGUAGUAUUUGUAACAUAUAAGUGCCACUAAGGCGGGUCAAUAAGGCUAAUCAGAAAUUCAGUGUUGAGUUUCCAGCUGACAUUCCUAAAGCCUUAUUCCUCUGUGCUGUUGGGAUUAUGUAGAUGUGUACUUCUGAGGUGUUUGUAGAUCACUUUUAUUGCUCUGUUGAAAGAAUAUGAUAAAAUGUGUGCUGCUGCGGUCCAUGUUACCUUUGUAGGAUGACGUCUGCAGAGCUCCUUUCACACAUGAACCCCUGACGUCUUCUAGAGAAUCACCAUUCACACAUGCAUAUUGGGAAAAUUUCCGCCAGAUAAGCUGUCUCAUAUCGGUACAGUCUGUUUGAGUGAGGGGAGGGACGACUCAGUCGAUCAUGCAAGAGGAGGAAGUCUUCUGUACAGUUUAAAACAUAAUACAGACUAGUGUGUGGAGCAGUAAAGAGUAUAAAGCGGAGAAAGUGCUCAACAUUGAACGUAGCGAUCGUUGAAUUCACCUGAUGUCUUCUCACAUCAGCUCACCAGACUUCUCCCAGGGAAAUUCAGCUAAAUAAAACUGUCUGUUUUCGUUCACAGAAGCAGUUCACCUGUGUGUAGUCAGGACAUUUUCAGGAGUGUUGAGCAUGUGUGAAAGGAGCUCAUGUUUGUUGUAGAAGCAGACCAGAAGCUACGUCUCAUUAAGCUGUUAUCAUAUGUUGAUGGUUACUGAAGACUGGUGUGCUGCUGGAUGUCUGAGUAUCUUUUCUGCUGUAUUUGUCUGUCGAUGUGUAUUUAAAGGAGCAAAGGCUCUAUCAUCGUUGUUACAGUGGAUUUGCACUCAAUUUAAGUGCGACACUAAAGUAGUAUUAUAUGUUCUGUAAGAAAAAAAGAAGUGUUUUCUUAUUCCUGAGAGUUAUGCUGUUACUGUCUAACACAGGAUGCCUUUUAAAAAGUUACAUCAAGGUUAUUUUAAAAAAAACAUUGAGACUGAAAUCUGGAAUAAACUUUAUUUUAAGUGAACAA